UACACGUGGGAGGGGCUGCUAUUGUUCCCUUUAAACGCGUCAUACGCGACUGAGAACCAAUCAGAGGCGUGGAAUCGUAGAGGAAGAUGUCGUUGGAUCCCCCAGGAAGCGAAACAUGGCGUCAGAUUUAAACUGAACCUGUCAACCAGAUGUGGUUUGCUUCCAAACUGACAGUUUACACGAUUUUUUUGAAAGUCUGUCCAGAGAAGCUGUGGCCAUGGCAGCUCAGCCUUCCACAGCCUUGUUAAGGUCUCAAGACCUUGAGCAGGUCUCGCUGAAGUAUAAAGAGGCAGCACAGUCAAAACAAGGCAUGAAGACACAUCACAAUAAAAGAUCCUCGCACUCUUCCAAGAGCUCUGCUGAUGAGAUCGCAAGACUGAAAGAAACAAUUGCUCAGCUUCAAAGUGAACGUCAAACCUUGCAAAACACAAAAGAAGGCGGUUUUGAUUCUAUAUCUGAUCUGAGAUGGAGACUCAACAAAUCGGAAAAGGAAAAGCUAGAGCUGGUGACAAAAUACAAUGAGGAGGUGGCCAGAUAUGAGGGCCAGGUGGCCAAGCUCCGAGCUGUGCUGGAGAGGGGAGAGGCCCAGCGCCAGAACCUGGAGUAUGAGAUUGCCCUGGCAAGGAAAGAUGCUGGUAUGGAGAAAUCCAGCGCUGAGGAAACAGUGGCAAACAUCCACAGAAAAAAUGAACAGUUGAAAGUGGAAAAUGCUGAACUGCAGCAGCGGGUAUUAGAUCUGGAGAAGGCCCUGCACAUCACCCAGCAGGCCAGAGAGGAGGACCAGGGUGCCUUUCACUGUGAACUAGAGGAGAGAGACCGCCUUCUACAGAGUGCCAAUAUAGAGACGGAGUUGCUCACUGCUGAAAAAAAACGACUUGAGGAUCUUCUCCAGGAGCAAGAUGACACCUUGCGUGAGCUGCAUAAAAGGCUGAGCCAGCUGCAGAGGGAGCAUGAGAAAAAUGCAGAGACUCUGAGGAGACAAGGAAGUGAUCUGGAGUACAGUGCAGAGAGAGAGGAAAGACUCAAGAAAGAGCUAGAGGCAGCUCAGCAGAAAGUGAAGAGCCUGGAGGAAAAUGUGGAGUCGGAAAGAGCAGCCCACUUGGAGUCCAAAUUCAACUCGGAAAUCAUACAGUUAAGAAUCCGGGAUCUUGAAGCAGCUCUACAGGUUGAGAAGAGCAGUCAGUCGGAGGCCUUGUCCAGCCUGGAGCUAAUGAAGCAACAGUUCAGAGAGGUGGAGAAGGCAUAUGAACGGGAGAAAGCCAAGGCCAAGGAAUUGCUGGACAAACUCCUACAGUUUGAGAAAGAGUACUUGUCUACAAAAUCCCAGUUGAAUGAAGACCUUGAGGUGAAGAAAAAAGUGAUCACAGACUUGUCAGAGAAAGUCCAGCAACAUGAGAAACUGUUGGCGGAUUCUCAAGAUGAGGUUGAGAAGGCAAUGAAUCGGCAGGCCUUUUUGGAAGAGGCGUACGAGAGCUGCAUGCGGGAGCUGGAGCAGCUAUUGCACCACUGUAGUGUGUCAGGCCUGCGGACGGCAGUUGAACCUAGAGACCAAGGAAAGCAGAGCCCCUCUGCUCUCCUGGAGAGCUUGAAGAGGACUUUGGUAUAUUACCAGGACACUCUGAACCAGACUGCUGAAGAGCUGGAAGACACAAAAAAGGCAAACAAGAGAAUGGCUCACGAUUGCACAUCAUAUGAAGAAGUGAUCAACACUCAGAAGAAAAAUAUUGAGGAAGCAUACACAAAUCUAGCAAGUGCCAAUGAGGAGAUAAGCCGUCUGCGCUCAGAGUGUGCAAACCGAGAGACCCUGGUAGUCAAAUCUCAGACUGAGCUGCAGGAUGUUCAGCACCACUGGGAGACUGAGAAAAUGCGCGCCAUGGAAGCUGAGAAAGAAAUCCAGAAGCUUACCCAGGUUUACCAGCAGGAUUCGCAGGAGAAGCUGACCUUUCUGCACGACCUGUACCAGCGUCUGGUAGCUGGCUGUGUGUUAAUAAAACAACCCCAGGGCCUACUGGGCCGGUUCUCCUGGCCUGAGCUGUGCUCCAUCCUGCAGGAACACACUGAUGCCUUGACCUCUGACCUGAGCCGAGCUAAUGAGAAGAUAUCCCACCUGGAGUGUGUCUGCCAAAACAAGAGUGAGGUUGUGAAGGAGCUCCAGCAGACUCAGGAAAACACCUUUAGUAAGCUGGCAGACCAAGUCAGAGAGAGGGAGACCGCCUGGAAAAAGCAGAAGAAAGACCUGGAGCAGCAUUACACCACUCUGAUCGGGGAAGUUCAUGCCAGGGCCCAGAAAUGGCAGAGAGUGGCAGAGGAAAACGAGGAAAAGGUGGCUGGAAUGGAGAAGAUCCGGGAUCAAAUGGCUUUGGAUCUUGCCCACUUUCAAAAGCUCAUGCACCAAAUGCAGAGGGAGAGUGACACUCUCUUGGCUGCCUGUGCCCUACUGGCAGGAGCCCUGUACCCACUCUUCUGGCAGCUUUGUGCCCUGUCCAGCCAAAAGAACCUCUUACUGGAGCAGGUUGAUGCCAGUGAGGCCUUUAAAAGUGAGAUCCAGACCUUGGUGCUGGCUUUAACAGCAGAGAAUGAAACCCAGCUACCUACUGAGGGCAAAAGGAAGCAGGCCAAAAGGCUUGUGUGUGUUUUCCGUAAGACUGUUAUAGCUGUGAUUGCAGCCAACCGCUUCCAGAAAUUUGGACAGGACUCAAGGCAUCUCUUCACAUGGGUCCAGGGUUUCAACAGCUUCCCAGCUUUAGCUGUUUGUGCUGGAGGAGCAAAGUCAGCAGCACGUUCAUCUGGGCAGGAGAAAGAAGAGCGCCGUAGAAGCCAAGCCCUGAGGUGGCUCACCAGCAGAGAUUUGCUGACCAUAGUUCUUAGUUGUGUGGGAGAUCUUCAAGAUAUGGUUUCAAAAACAGAUGCCAGCUUGCCAUCCUCGGGUCCUCUGGUCCUCGCUGCUGCUCAGAAUUCCUUUGGCAAGCUGAUGGAGAAGCUAGGUGUGGAGAUGGAGGGCAGUGCAGGGGUCUCAGGGAGGCUCACCUGGUAUGGAGACAAGGGUGCCCUGACUAGAAGACUGGGCCAUGGGCUUCACAGACUCAAUGCACAGAUGCUGAAAGCUGGUCUGCCCGAAGCGGUGACAAAUAAGCAAAUGGUGGCAGUGUUGCAGCAUCACAUCCUUGAGUUCACCCAGCGGCUGCACGCAGCGGAGGUGGAGCGACGCAGCUUGCGCAUGGAGCUGGCCCAGUUCAAGCGCACUGUAAAGGAUAUGAAGAGGGAGGCGGACAAAACAUUGGGCUGGAAGGAUCUGAAACAAACUGCUGGAGUUCCUUUGGAGAGGUUUGAGAGUGUGUGCCAAGAACUGAACAGUGCUCUUCAGCGAGAGCAGCAGGCCCAGGCACUGCUUCACGAACAGGCCCAGCAGCUCCAGGAUUUAGGCCUUAGGCUGGAGCUGCACUCUGGAGAAGAGGCAGAGAAGGACCAGACUCUGGCUGAAGCUGUCAAGAGUCUCUCGGAAGCAAAAAUGGAGCUCAGGAGAAAAGAUCAAUCCUUGCGUCAGCUCGGAAAGCAUCUCUCCCAGCUGGAACAGGACAAGCGGCAGCUGGAGGAGAGCGUCCGCGAUGCAGAGAGCGCCCUCCGCAUGGCAGCCAAGGGUAAAGAUUCCCUAGCUGGUUACAUGAAGUCAGUGGCAGGCAGCCUUAAGCAGGUCAAAGAACGCAUCUCUCUGUCAUGGGCGGCUGCAACCAGGGAUGACUUCACCCUACAGGUACCCAGAGUGCAACAGGACAUAACAGGAUCCGAGAGACUGAUGGGUGGGCCAGAAGUGGCAGCAUGUCAGAGCUUCAUUUCUAGUUUUAUGGAUUUAUACCAGAUGGCCUGUUCCAAGAUGGCCAUGCUGGAGUCUGAAAUCUCCUCGCACAAGAACCACAUUGCUGCCCUGAAAGCUGAGCUGCAGCAUGCCUGUCUACGGGAAAACCAAGACUUUCUUCCAAUGUCUGGGACCACUGUGGGCAGCUCUCUGUCCCCACACCUGGCGGUCCCACCUGAGAAGCUUCAGGAGCCGGAGUUCUUAGCACUUCAGCCUGAAGCAGACACAUCACACAGUCUGCUGAGAGAGAAUUCGGGGAACAGCAGGGCAUGCUACCACAACUCUUCUUCUGGCCCCCUGAGGUCAUCGAAAGGUGUAAAACUGCCUGUAAGAAAUGGUUCCCAGUCAUCCACCUCUGGAGCUCGCUUAAAAUAAAAUAAAUAAUAUAUUACAUCAGCUACAAAACACUAUGUAAUACUUUUCAAUUAAAUGUCUGCUGCAAUAAUCUGUAGUUUUAAUGACCCUUAUUUCUGAAUCUCAGGCAGUCCUAAUGAAUCACACUAAUUGUUUUUUUUUCCUAAAUUUGACAAGAAUUCUAAGAUAAGAAAUGUCUUUGUGGUUUGAAAAAAACAUUUAUUUGUAUAUGGUGCUUAUUAUGCAUUUCUUCCCCCUCCCAAUUGUUUAAAAAGUGACACAUUUUAGGUAAUUUUCCACCGACCUUAAAAAAAUCAAUAAGCCAUUUUAGUCUCUAUCUAUCAAACUUGUUUCAUACUUGUCUGUUUUAAAGCGGGAAUACGGCACUUUAAUAGGAUCGCGCAAGCUAUUUGAAAUGUAUGCCAAUGAUUCCUGUCAUUUCAUGGCAGCCCUGCCAUGGUUCACUGAGCGCCCACUUCUCUCUUGUCAGCUCGACUGAAGACAAGCAUUUAGUUGCAAACUUUGAACAGGUUGUGCAAAACAGAAAUGAUGUGACUGCUACCCCUUCUGCACCGUAAUGUCACUCUUGGUCAAAGUGAGAAGGUCGGGCUGCUUCUCAUGGCACUACACCAGAAACACAAUCCAAUUUGAGUGGGUUAAUCGCCAGUCCACUGUACAGUCAAAAUUCUUUGUUCUGUAAAAGAAGCAAUCUUGUAUGCACCUUUUGAGGUAGACGACAUUAAUUGAAAAGAUUAUGUUCGAGAGUUAAGAAAAAAAUCCUCUCCAGCCAAGCAAAGCAUCUAAUUCUUGUAGCAGCACAAUGACUAGAUUUUUUUUUUACAUUGUUAUAAACAUUUGAACUAAUCCACCCUACUCCCAAUUUCAUGCUCUCGUAUGUAAGAGUUCUUGUGGCGGGUAGAGGUACACUAGGCUCCCUUUGUCCGUGAUACCCCAAGAGUGACGCCCAUGUUUGACAGCCUACGCAUCAAGGCCAUUGCCCUGUAUUUUCUGCCUUGUAGCACACAAAAGUAAAAUCGCUUGUCAGGCCGAGGUGUCGAGUAGCUGACAAGAUGCCCCAGUGACAUUUCAGCUCGAAAGAGCAAGUGUCUUGCAACCGAGUGGUCAAAUAUCAAAUAAUAGGUCAAGCAGGAAGGAGUUGAGUGGUAUCCAGAAGGCAGUUUCUGGCAACUUACUUGACAAGCGCCCGGGUGCUCUGCGACUUAACAAAGUGAUGUUCUGUUGGGUAUUGCUAGACAGUCUGUUCCGUAUUGCCUUCAAAAGAUCAGACAUUGACAUUGAUUAAUCUCUUUAACCCCUUGAGCAUGGAGAUGGGGGCUUCGCAGCACACUUUACCAGCAGGGCGAGUUCUGAUGCUUUGUACAUAGCAAAGCACAAAAGAUAUUCCACAGCUCAUUAGAAUAUGCUGACCCCAUCAUCCUUCCAGUCACAGUGCAUUCAGCACGGCAAGUUAUUUGACUGUAAAACAUAGAUGCUUUUGCCCCGUGGUUCACAUUUGAUGCUCAAAAUCUGUGUCUCAAAGGAGCUAUUUUGCAUUCAGUGGAAUAUUAAUUUGUUCAAAAGGAGAAAAUUAGAUAACUGGUUUUCCACUGGCGUAAUUGGUUGGGGGAGGGAUAAAAAGCAAUUAUAUAAUUGGUAUGCUUUUUAACAAAGCAUGCAAGGAUUUUCCUUCACUGCACUUGUACAUGCAGUAGAUCUUGUUAUGUAUAUGAUGUUACCUGUGUAUAUCUGUUUUUUUUAUUAAAAUUGUGUUUUCACUGGCUUAUCA